CACAGCGUCACUUGUGAAACAGCAGAGGGUUAAGAAAAAAAGACGCACUCGGGCCAUACCCCAUCCGCACUAGCGGGAGAAGAUGUCUGAGCCCAAUAAGUACCGAGAGUGGAUCCUGGAAACAAUCGACUCUCUCCGCUCGAGGAAAGCCCGUCCUGAUCUGGAGAGGAUUUGUCGUAUGGUCCGGAGACGACACGGGUCAGACCCGGACCGAACCAGGACAGAACUGGAAAAACUGAUUCAAGAGCAGACGGUGCUCAAAGUUAGCUACAAGGGGUCCAUAUCGUACCGGAAUGCGGCGAAGGUGCAGAGGAAAAGCCGAAAGAAGAGUGAGUUUACGGCCGCUGGCAGCAGCAGCGCGGAGGCAGCGAGGGAGCGGACCAAACACGACCAUCUGAACAACAACGGCGACAGUGCGCACAGCUUCACCGACCAGGAGGAGGGCGAGGAGGACUCAGAGCCCAGCCCAGAUCAACACACUCCAACCUCAGCCAGCACCACCGACAAGAAGCUCAAGCCUGCCUCCAGCCCGAGUAGCGGAAACGGGUGCCUCAGUUGUGGCGCAACAACGGGCUGCGCUGACGGGAGCGGCUGUAAAGAGGAGAAAGCAAGUGCACCGAGAGACAAGGGAUUAGGGCAGCAGGGAGUGGGGGACUGCCCGUCGCCCGGGCUCAGUCACAGAACAAACGCUCAUGACGGCGGCGGCGAUGCCAGCGGGAUAACACCGAGCAAAGCCGAUGCAGUGCGCGGAGGAAAAGAGCCGUGUUUUUCCGGAGAUGUCACCCAGAACAAAACUUGCUCCGGGAGCGUCGGCAACCUCCCGCAACAACAGAGGCAGACUGUGCCCCUCAAGCCCAAACUUCGAGUUGGAGGAGGGGGCACCAAAACAGCGGGGGACCACGCCAACUCCGACCUGGGCGACAGAUUGGUGGCUUCUGUUCGCAGCCUGUCCCAGAAGAGCAUCCGAGGGGGCUCCGCCGCCACCACCACCAGAGGCCACAUGAAGCCGCUCGGGCUGAAGGAGAUUUUGGGCUACCUCAGCAGCCAGGAGCGGCUGUCGGAGGAGAAGCUGACCCGAGGCAAAGUCAAAGUGGUCAUGGAGAGAGAGGUGGCGAGGGGCAGGCUGCGCAGGACCCGCUGCGGGAACAUUACUCUUCCUCUGAGGGGGAUGGUGGUGGUGGAGGAGCCGACGCCGAAGAAUGCGUCCGCUGACAGACUUGUAAAGAGCGCACUGCAGGACAAGCACACUGUGACAAAGCCGCCGUCCCCCUCUCUACAGGAGAAUGAGCCGAUGGAAACAGCCAGUGAAGAAGAGGAACGGGCAGAGAAUGAGGAGGAGGAGGAGGAGGGAGGACUAUCCCCGGUAGCCAUGACAACCGAACCAGAGCUCAUUGAGAAAACCACAGAAGAUGCUCGUGAGAUCCAGACAGCUUCAGAGCACGAGAGCCCCCAGCAGCAGCAGCACGGUGGUAAAGGGAUGUGCGGGCUUGAUUUCCUCACCAGGACGCCGCGCCCACCUGUUCAGGGAGCCUCCCUGUCUCAGUGUAACAGCGCACAUGUGGAGGAGAGAGCCGUCGUCCCUGAUAAGCUACAUUCGGAGGCACAAAAUGACAGACUCAACCACACCUCCUCGGGCUUUAGCAGCUUUGAGUGUAAGACAGAGGUUGGAGUGUCGUCCUGCCUGCUCACACCCACUGCCUCCCCGAGAGACUCCGGCAUGUCUGAGGAACGAGGGAUGAACGGAGGACUUGUAGGGUUUAUGAAGUGCGAGGGGGUCAGUGGGAGCCCGAUGGACUGGACAGUGUCUGAUGUUGUCAGUUAUUUCACAGCAGCAGGUUUCCCUGAGCAGGCUGCUGCCUUCAGGACCCAGGAAAUCGAUGGCAAGUCUCUUCUCCUCAUGCAGCGUAACGAUGUCUUGACUGGCCUGUCAAUCAGACUCGGCCCCGCCCUCAAGAUCUACGAGCGUCAUGUAAAGGUUCUGCAGAAAACGCACUUUGAGGAUGACGACUGUUAACAACAGAAAUACACACAGAGACUGUUGUGUCUGUAUCUACAUAUAGCUCACGUUAUCCUAUAAAAGAUGUAUGCAUGAUGUACUAUACAAUUUUCAUCUCAUGCUAAACAGCACACACACACACACACACACACACACACACACACACACACACACACACACAGCUCUGUUUCUCUUCUUCUGUCCCUCUGCGACUGCUCUGGUCCAGAAACGACAAACAGAAAUGGAUUUCCUGGCCAACGAGGAUUUUUUUUACAAAACGGAGCACAAAUGUUGGAGAGAGAAAGUAGACGCACGAAAUUUAAGAUGCAGAUGUUAAAUAUAAAAAUAAUGCAAUUUCUCUUUUUUCAUAUUCGAUGAUCAAGCACUUUGCAAUUUCUCGACUAAACUGUGCAAAAUGGUUUGUUUUUAAAUGUUGUUUUGUGCUGACCUUUAUGCACAUUUUGAAAGAGGUCGUGGUUAUUCUGUAUGGAAGUUAAAAAACAACAAUUGUUUUUUGUAUUUUGAGGAUUUGGGUGCAGUGUUUGUCCUUGUACACAUACUGUAUGUGUGUGGAGGCGUGACAGAGCAUGCUGGAUUGAGCAGAAACAAAUCAAAGGUUGACCAGAUUACAUACAUUCCCAGAAACUUUGAUGUUUGGGAUGCUGACCCGUCAUAGCCGUCCUGUAUGUCAGGAUCAAAUCCGGUGCAGGGUUCACGACCUUGUGCAGUCAUUGGUCAAAGCAAUAAGCCGACAGCUCCCCCGAGAUGUUUGAGAGGUUGUUGAAUCUUGUCAGAUCGGCAGGUGGUUGAUUUCGUGUAUUUUAAUCUCAGAUAAAAACAUCUUUAACAUAAUGUUUAUAAGCAGAGCUACCCAUGAUCUGUUGUGGCCUGUGCAUCGGAAACAUCAGCGGCCGGUUUCACCAAGACUUUGACUGUGGCUUUGAUCAAACCAGGGAGACUCCCAAGAUGUCAAAAUCCAUCCGUUGCACAAAGGUGUUCUGGACUGUCUUAAGUAGAGACUCAUUUGCAAUGAAAUGUGGGUCAUUUAAGACUUUUUCAAUUAAAAAACAACAUGGCCGACCGAACAUCUGCAUCCAACCGCUCAGCUCGUUUCACAAAAUUCAGCAAAGACUGUGACAAUGCAAAAACUUCUAUUAGAAAAAUAAAUCGUAGAGCUGAGAUGCUGUGACUUCUUAAAAGAAUACUUCACCCACACAAUGACCAUUCGUAUAUCAGUUACUCGCCCGGUGUUACCUUGAACUCUUGAAGAAACCUUCUCACAUGACUCCACAGUGAGCGAAGAAGUCCAUUUACGAACUCUCACAUAACUCGUGCAGUAUAAUCCAAGACUCGUGUAUCCAGUCGUACGCUCACUGUUUCCCACAAACCUUACUAUUUAAGACACAUGGAGGGGCGCGCCUGUUGAGGCAGAAUAGUUUUAAAUAGAAAGGUUUUGGAUAGCAAUGAACAUACGAUUUGAGACUUGUACUGCACGAGUUUGUAAACGGAUAUCGGAACAUAGUUUUGCUGUUUUUUUAAUUCAAUUCAUCAAGACUUCUCCAAUUUUGGAUUAUUCAUUAACGGUGGAGGCGUGCGAGAUAAACAUAUUUUCUUUGAUUAUUAAAGUUAACAUGGCUUGAGUAUUUCAUAUAUAAAUGGUCAUUUUGGGGUGAAGUAUUCCUUUAAUGUGGCAGGGCUCAGAAGCUUUGUUUACUCGUCAGGCUCAGCUGUCACGAUGUCCUCACUGCUGUUUAUUUCCUAAAGAUUCCCUUCUUAUUAACGACAAACAACAAAUAAUGAGCCUUGGGUAUGGUGGCUAAGUUUUUAGUCUUAAACUAAGUCAGUAUAACUUACAUUAGUCUCACCUAAGAGUGAAAUGAAGACCGGCCUAACACUACAGACAAGUCUAAAAUAUCUCUGUGAAACUAACUGAACCCAGAUCAGCAACAAUCAGCUCUCAACUAGAUGUGGUAGAAUGUAAAUAUAUUGAGAAUAAGUCCAAUUAAUACAUCAGCCUCCAUUUGUAAAUUAUUGAGAAACAAUUAUCUAACAGAAAGAUGUUUCCGCAGGGUAAAGCUGAGUCAAUCAAUCCACUAGUCUCAUACCACCAGCAUUUCUUAACUGUUUUCACCGGUCAAACCUUAGAAACCAAAUGCUGUCUAAUGAUCUCACAUCUCAUUCCCACUGUAACGGCGAACGUUCCAGGUUUGGCAUCUCCACCUGUGUUUGUUCUUUUUUCAUAUUUGUAUGUUCAUCUUUCUGUUUUCAGCAUAUUGGUUCAUUUUGUUCAAAAUGUCUUUGUGUAUUCAAACCUCCUCUACCUCUCUCCCUUUGUUUCCCUCUUCACUUUCACUUCCUUUGCAACUUCCAAGAACACAUUUCCAGCAGGCCUGCCACGAUAACUAAUUUCGUUGGACGACAUGUUGUCCCAGAAAUAAUGCACUUCUAAUUCUUAAGAAUCUUCAGACGUUGGAAUGUGAAACAAAUAUUGCAACAUCCUAAAUAAAUCAGUUUUUGUAAUGGCAAUAAAACAACCAAAGCAAUAAAUAAAAUGGACCUUAUAACGGUAGAGGAAACCCUGCUGUUUAUUCUGGCAUCAUGUUACUCACAUUGUUAUGUAAACAAACACGACGGCAAUAUCGAGGUCAGCAAACAUGAUCGAGGUUAUGUCCAUAAAUUGUACGAUAAGUGGAUAACGUAAUUAUCGUGGCAGGCCUAAUUUACAGGUUAUUCCCCUUGUAAAGAUGUAUGUUGCCACUUUUAUCAUUCAGAUCAAUUCAUUGUCAUUAUCUGAAUCUGUAGGAGAGGACUGCGGUGUUUGACUCCAGAUUCUCACAAGUUGAAUGUACAGAGCGUCUCAAGUCAUUUGUUAAAGGACAAUUUUAGUAAUAAAAGUUUGAAUUAAAACACCAAAAUGUGUCCAUUGUGAGUGUG